AUGAGGCCUCCCACGAUACAGCGCCGGGCGGCGGGGCUUUCCCCUUGCCUCCCGGCAGCCACUGGCAGUCACAUGCAGGCCGCCACCGCCGAGCCACACGACCGGAGACGCGUCAGCGCGGCGCUGGGCUGCACCUCACAGAUGGCGAAGGCGAACGACAACCUGCUGCUGGUGCGCUGGGACCAGCACGAGGCGCAGCUGCUGGAGCGGCUCUGCGGGUACUUCACAGAGAACGCCUUCGUCGACGUGACGCUGUGGUGUCCGGACCGCCGCUUCAAGGCCCACCGCGUCCUGCUCUCCGCAUGCAGCGAUUACCUGGAGCGCGUGCUGCUGGAGCAGCCGAGCUGCGGCGCGGAGCCGGUGACGGUGGUGCUGCACGGCGUGGAGCCGGACGACCUGGGCCGCCUGCUGGACCUCAUCUACAGGGGAGAGGCGCGAGUCUCGGCUGGCGACCUGCCGCGCUUCCUGGAGACGGCGGCGGCUCUGGGCGUGCGCCUGCUGCAGUCGGCCGCGCUGCGCGUCUGCGCCGCCGAGCCCGACGCCGCCGCCGACUCCGCCACGGGCCGGUGCUCGCGGCCCUCCACCGCUGACAAGCAGGAGCAAUGCGUCGAAGGAAAAUCCCAGGCCGACAGUCACCAGUCAUCAGGAAAUGUCACCGACACGAUACCACCAGCUGUGACAGCGUCGAUUACACCUUCCCUAACUGAAAAUCCAUCAGCGACCGUAGAACACCAGCUUACGGAGUCAAAAGUGCAUUUACCGUCGAUGAAGAGCGCAGAACAACGUCCAUAUAGCCCGAAGAAUCACCUGGAAUGUGCAGAGACACUGACUCCAUUGCCUUCCCGGGACUCCAUCCCGCAGACGGCACCGCAGUGUGACGUAACCAUACCGCAAGUAGAACGCGAGCAGACCACGACGACGUGGAGUACUCCGACAGCGGUGGCGCUGCCGUUGCAGCAACCGACGACCGACGUGAAGAGCCCGCCGCGGCCGCUGGCUCUGCCGCCGGCUCAGCCUCCGCUGCCGCCCGCUUGCGAGGUCUCCGCCGGAGUCCGGCCGGAUUCGCAGGCUGCGGCGGCACCUGCCUCCCAGGCCGGCAGCGUCAGCGCCGGCACCGGGUACUGCACGGCGGGCGCGCCGCCCAACGUGUGGCAGGUGCCGCCCUCGCUCCCACCGCUGCAGGUCAGCUCACAACUUACACUACUUAAAUACUUCACUAGUUCAAAGGUCGGCUGUUCGCCCACUAAAAUACGGCAGUUCGAAAUUUAG